AUGGCAGCAUACGGCGUAGCUCUUGAUGACACGCACUCGUGUAAACCUCGACGAGUCUUCAGCAAGGCGUAUAAUUACGAAAGGUUCAAAGUCGAUAACCAUAAAGAAGUUUCACACUCUGCCCUGGAGGGAAUACAUCUGGUCGCUAGGUACCUCCGAAUGCGGAUAAACGUGGCCACGACUCUCGAUGAGCGUUUCAUGGCUUUGUGUCGGAACAAUCAAUCAGACCCAGAGUGGAAGUCAAGCCGUGUGGAGCAUUGGAAGCGCAUUGCGUCUUUGGGCAGAGGAUCCUUCGGUCUCGUGGUCCUCGGCAGGUACAACGAGACCGGAGUGGAUUACGCAAUCAAAAUUCAACGAAAAGCGGAAAUCGAGCGCGCGCGCAGGAUCGCUGAGACGGUCCAGGAGAAAAACAUCCUAUACGCGGCGGCGAGCGACUUCGUAAUUCGUUUGGAGUUCGUUUCUCAAGACACAUCGAAUCUGUACAUGAUAAUGGAUUAUUCGAGCUACGGUGAUCUGAGUCGUUGCACGGUCGACAACCCCGCAUGGACCCCGACGGAGGCGGGCGUCAAACUGUGGAUGGCUCAAAUCGCUCUCGGUUUGGAGUAUCUGCAUAACUCGGAUAUCGCGCUGCGCGAUCUCAAACCAGAAAACUGUAUAAUGUUCGCGGAUGGAUAUCUCAAGCUGAGUGAUUUCGGCGUCGCGAAAAUAGUUCACAGCAGCACAUACACAAUGUGCGGUACGUUGGCAUACAUAGCGCCAGAAGUUAUGCUGAAGAAGGGGCAUCGGACAGCCGUUGAUUGGUGGGCUUUCGGUGUGAUCCUCAGCGAGUUGAUGCAGAAAAAAAGGCUGUUCUCGAAGUCGGUCAAUGGAAUCCUCGGCGACAUCGCAACGCAGGAGAGAAUCUUAAGCAGUCCUGUCAGAUCGCUUAUCCAGCAGCUUCUGCAAAUACCACCGGAACGGCGGCUCGGUAAUUUGCCUGGCAAGGCCGAAGAUGUGAAGGAGCAUCCCUGGUUCGAAGACAUAAAUUUCCAGGACGUUUUGACGAAGCAAUACAGAAUAGCGCUCACAUGCGAACCAUUCGCUCCUAAAGAGAUAACGAUGGGUUCGGUUCUUUCCACCUUGUCAGAUUAUCCGGGCAAGGUCCUUGAGGCAUGUCAGCGAUUUGUUCCGUCUCCCCUUCACGGCGAUGAAGCGCCCCCGAGCAUCGAGCAGAAGACAAGCUACCGUCAGAUCGAUGGAGGAUCAACUCGAGGAGCAUACGAACAAUAUAUCAAAUCCAGGGAGAGAGAUGUUCUCGCCAAAUUGAACAAAUGUACUUGUCCGAAAGUGAAUAUAGACGAUUUCAGGCUUGGGAAGAAACUGAAUGAGGGCUCUUUCGGGGUCGUCGCCAUCGGCAGAUAUGUAAAGGAUGACGUAGUGUACGCGAUCAAAAUUCAACGCAAAGCCAAAAUCGCUGAAGAAAACCGAUACGCCGACGUUCUCCGGGAGAAAGAAGUUCACUUCGCGUCAGCGAGCGCUUACGUAGUCGAGCUAAAGUUCGUUGCCCAGAACGAGGAAAAUGUUUUCCUGAUCAUGGAAUUAUCGCCCUACGGUGAUAUGGACAGAUGCGUUGUCCGUAACGCCGACUGGCUCCCGAACGAGGCGGAAGCGAAGAUCUACGCGGGUCAGAUCGUUCUCGGUCUACAGUUCCUCCACCGAUUCAAUAUUCUGUUCCGCGAUCUCAAGCCGGCCAACAUUCUCGUCUUCCCGGAGGGCCUCCUCAAACUUGGGGACUUCGGCUUAGCGAGAUUCUCCCUAGGUAGAGCUUACACUUAUUGCGGUACUCUUGCCUACAUGGCGCCCGAAAUGAUCCAGAGGAAGCCUUACAGAACGGCCAUCGAUUGGUGGGCGUUCGGUGUCUUACUAUACGAAAUGCUGCACGAACUCCUCCCCUUCAAAGCCGAGCCAGGGGCUCGUAAUCGCGAUGAGAGUCUCGGGGAGAGAAUAAUCGACGGGAAAUUCGUAUUCCAUGCUGAACGCGACUUGAGCGAACAUGUCAGAAGUUUGAUCGAGCACCUACUCAACACGAAUCCCAACAGGCGUCUCGGAAACCUGGCAGGCGGAGUGGAGGACAUCAAAGGACACCCAUGGUUCGAGGACAUCGACUUCGAUGAUUUGUUCCGCGGGAAAUACAAGCUGAAAGUUUCUUCUCAACCGAUCAAAGCGCAAGAGGCGAACCGCUUUGAGCUCUUCGGGGAGCAGCGCCCAAAAUCUCAAAAAGUCGUCGAAUUCGAGGGAUUUUGA